AUGGUGAACAUGCGUCGUGCCCUGGAGAAGCUCAAGCUGCCCAGCGGCCUGCACAGCGAGCGCGUCCAGUGGCUGUACGAAGGCGCCAAGGCGCACGCGCCCGACGGCGGCUACCUGCUCUACUGGAUGCAGACGUCCGUGCGCACCAAGCACAACUACGCGCUCGAGUACGCGGUGGCCGCCGCCAACGAGUUGAAGCUGCCUCUGCACGUGGUGUACCUCUUCCCGGACCGCUCGGUGGCGCCGCCGCUGCAACCGGUCGAGGACGACGAGUGGAAGGCUGAGGCGGUGCAAGACGCCAACGCGCACGCGUUCGCCACGGAGCGUCACGCGCAGUUUGCGCUCGAAGGGCUGGCCGACGCCCACGAGCGGCUGGCCGGCCGAGGCCUGAGCUUCGACGUCUUCCACCACCGCCACAAAGGCGACGAGCGUCCUGCGCGCAACGAGCUGCUCGAGUUCUGCGCGCGCAAGGCCGCUCUGGUGGUGACGGACCGCCCGUACUUGCGUCCGUGGCGUGCGGCGCUGGACAAGCUGGUGUCUGCAGUUGAGGAUGACGGAGACGCUGGCAGCUCCAACGCUGGCUUCGGCAUCGUUCAGGUUGAAGGAGAUGUCAUUGUUCCUGCUGCUGUUUACGCGGCAAGGACCAUUCGCCCCAGGAUCACCAAGCACCUGGACCGAUACGUCGUCCCGCUGCAGAGCGUGAGUCUAGAGCAAGAGUACCAAACGGAAGGCAAGUCGUUGCUGGCUGUCCUUGGCUCUCCGAAGCCGUUGAAGCCGCUGGAUGUGACGAGCUCAGAGGCUGUGGCCAAGACACUGGGGCUGCUGGACGUUGAUCGCAGCGUCAAGGCUGUGAGCUGGCACUUCCGAGGCGGCGAGGCGGCGGCUUCAGCUUGCGCCAAGAAGUUCCUCACUCCGGAUAAACUCGCGAGCUACGCGACUGAGCGCAACGAGCCGAGUCUGGAUGCUGGCAGUGACUUGAGUCUCUACCUGCGCUUCGGCCACAUCAGCGUCGUGCGCGUUGUGCUGGCUGCACACAAGCUCAAGGGCGUCACGCGCGCUAAAGAAGGCUUGGCGUCCUUCCUGGAGGAGCUCAUCGUGCGCCGCGAACUGUCCGUGAACUUGGUCGCCUACAACCAGCAGAACUACGACUCCAUGCGCUGCCUUCCCAGCUACGCGCAGAUUACCCUGGAGGAGCACGCGGGUGACAAGCGAGACCAACUGUAUUCGCGUGAAAAGCUCGAGUCUUUCCAGACCGGGGACAGGUUCUGGAACGCUGCACAGCGCGAGCUGGUGGUCACGGGCAAGAUGCACGGCUACAUGCGCAUGUACUGGGGCAAGAAGCUGCUCGAAUGGACCCCUACUCCCGAGCAAGGCUUCAACGCCGCUUUGGUUCUCAACAACAAGUACGCACUGGAUGCACCGGACCCGAACUCGUACGCUGGGGUGGCCUGGACAUUCGGAAAGCACGACCAAGGCUGGAAGGAGCGCCCCAUUUUCGGCAAGGUGCGCUACAUGAACGAGGCUGGUCUCAAGCGCAAGUUCCGCAUGGACGCGUACGUGCUCAAGGUCGGCCGACUAGCGGCCAAGGCAAAGAAGGGGUCUGCAGAGGAAGGACCCGCUGACCCAGAAGAAGAGGUGGAGGCUACCAAGCCUGGACGUAAGAAAAAGGCUGCUGCUAGCGAUAAAGGCGCCCCUGCCAAGAAGGUAAAGAAGGCAUAA